AUGCCUCCAGUUUCUAAUCUCGACCACCAAGUCCCAUCUCCUUUCGAUGAACACGGGAGCCGAGUCCAACACGCAUUCCGUCGCAUAAAGCAGGCAUCGGGCUCAUGGCCAUGGGAGCUAUUGGGUGAAUGCCCGCCCCCAAAAUGGGGCCAGUCUCUCACCGAGAAACUUGCUGGCCUGGUGGACAACAUAUGUCGCCAGGAGUCCCUCAUCUCAAUAGAUGAGUUGAAAAACUAUCUGGCAUCGCAAGUGGGAUGCGAUGAGAAGAAGGGCGUUCUUACCAAUAGGAUCGUUGACGAAGCCAAGUCUUGGAUCCGAAGAGAACAAGCCGAUAGACAAAGGUCCAUCACGAAUGGUCCGAGCCAGAUUGAAAGCCAAGACCAAACGAGGCAUGAGACUGCGACCCCAUCCCCACCUCCUCCGACUCCGACGCGAAACAAACGAUGUCAACCAAAUUCAGUCUCGAGGCAGGCUAGUCAGGAAGAAGUCUCAAAAAGGCCACGCGCAAACUCCCAAGUCUUGUCGGGCGGGGAUGUCGAAGUAUUUGGGAAAGAAAACCGACGUGACAGCAACUUGGUGUCCUCUCUCGACACUCCAGCAAGAACAACAAAGCCAUCAUCACCCUCGGCAAUCAAAAGUCGCAUAGAUUCGAGUCGUCACCGUCGUCACUCUUUUGCAGAUGAACAGCGCCGGAUAAAGCAAGACCUGGCAAACAUUGAUCUCAAAGCUCAAAAGACAGCCCUCAACAACGCUCAAUCACACCACGACGCGACCUUGGUGACAGUCGAGCGGCACUCCCAAGUCCUCAAAACGCUUCAGGACCUGGCCAAAGGCUUCCACGAAGGCUCCUUGCCAGUACCACGCGGUGUCCUCGCCAGCCUCCCCGAAGCCCAAGCCUCGCACGACAAUGCGAACCGCGACGCCGAACAAGCCAAGACGGAGUGGGAAGACGUGAAGAAAAAGCAUGCGGAACUCGUCGAAAAGGAGGAAAUAAUGCGAAAAGGAAUCCAGAUCUACCAAGAACGCAUUGAAGCCUGUGAGAGGGAGAUCGAAAUUGGCGAAAGGGAAUAUGAGAUGGCGUUGUGCUUGGCGAGCCUGGCGCGUGUCGAUGUUGAAGUCUUGGGGCAGAGAUCGUUGGAGCAGAUUCGGAGCUUUCGGAAGCAGAUAGAUGAUAUGUUGGCAUCUUAA